ACAUGGCGGCGGAACCCAUCGUCCUCCGUCUCCGAGCGUUGAGUCGUCACUUCUCCGUGACAAGGCAUGAAGCCAAAUGUCUCACUCUGCCUCCCUUCACAGCCACAGCCACAGCCACUCUCAACGCCUCCGCCCUGGGGAAACAACUGUCCCCCACUCCCACCACCGCGCUCAAAUGGGUUAUUCGGUGCUGCCCCGACUUACCCAGAACCCUUGUGCACAAGCUUUUUCGUCUUAGACAGGUUCGAAUAGUCUCUGCUGCCAAUGGCAUACAAGAACAAGACCAUAGAUACAAAAGGGUGGCAGCUAAGGAUACCUUGAACUCAGGAGAUCGGAUCUUUCUUCCUCAGUCUGUCAAAGAAAUCCCUAGACAGAAACCUGACUGUCAUGUCACUGCCAAAGAAAUCAACUUUAUCCGUAGUCUUGUUAUCUAUAAGGAUCCUACCAUUCUUGUCCUGAAUAAACCUUCAGGAAUGCCAGUUCAGGGUGGCAUUAAUAUCAAACGGAGUUUAGAUGUAAUAGCUGCCGCAUGUUUAAAUUAUGAAUACUCAGAACCCCCUCGUCUGGUACAUAGACUAGACAGAGACUGCUCUGGCAUUCUGGUGAUGGGAAGGACACAGACAAGUGCUGCAGUUUUGCAUUCCAUCUUCCGGGAGAAAACUUCCAGGGCGUCAGAUGAUAUUGACACAGAAAAGAGAAUCCUACAAAGAAGGUACUGGGCACUUGUCAUUGGAUGUCCUAGACGUUCAAAGGGGUUGGUUACUGCUUCAUUGGGUAAGGUGGUUGUUGACAAUGGGAAAUCUGAUCGAAUAACUAUCGUUGACAAUUCUAAAUUUUUGUCAUCACAACAUGCAAUUACAGAGUACCGAGUGAUUGGAUCAUCAUCACAUGGUUACACUUGGUUGGAGCUGUCCCCUUUAACUGGUAGAAAACACCAGCUUCGAGUCCACUGUGCUGAGGUGUUAGGUACACCAAUAGUUGGGGACUACAAGUAUGGAUGGCAAGCUCACAGGAAGUUGGGACAUUUUGAUUUGUCUAAUCUGGAGGACUCAAGCGAAGAGCUUCUCAAGGAAGAAAAACUACCAUUUGACCUUAAUUUGAACAAGGGGAGCAUAUCUGAGAAGUGUCCUCGUUUACAUCUUCAUUGCAAGCAAAUAGUCUUGCCCAAUGUAUCUCAAGCGUUGCAAAAUGUGCAAUCAGCUUCCAAUUAUGAUUUUUCACAAAUGGAAGGACUUGAGUUGGUCGCGGCCUUGCCUCCAUACAUGCAAAGAAGUUGGGAUGUCACGAAUUCUUGAGUUAUGGUUAAAAUGUUACUGUGUUUCUAAUUCACUUGAUUCCAUCAAGGUAAUUUCUACCGUUUGAGAUGUUCUACUUUCCAUUGGAUUAACACAAGUCACCAGCUACACAUAAGUUGAGAUCUUGUGCUCUCGCGGUAGUAUUUCGUGCCAGACUGCAAGAACUCAAUUGACAAUUUUCCUCACGCAUUAAGCAUUGACUGGAAACAAUUUUGGGUGCUCACUCAAUGCGAAACGCGACCAUUGAUUGGAAUUAAGAUCAGUAGAUUCACAGGGAUUUAUAACCGGUGAAAUUGUCUACAAAUGACAAUCAUCAGCGCCAAUUCCUGAAUAAAAUUGAAAUGAUAGUUACAAUUGGUUGCUAUAGUCCACGUUAUUAUAGUUGAUAAUACCCAUUUAAGUUUGUUGUAUGCAUGUCCACAUUAAAUCCAAUUAUGUUGAGUAGCUUAUUCAAAUUUAAAAAGUUUCCUUGAUAACCAAAUUUUAGUUUCUGCCAAGUGUCCGUCUGAUUUAGAUGAUUUUAUCCUUAAUAAACCACAAGACA